AUGUCUUGUCGCUCCUACAGAGUCAGCUCUGGGUACAGGAUGGGCAGCUUCAGCUCUUUCUCAGCGGUGACCCCCCAGAACCUGAGCCACUUUCGGGCCAGCACUGUCUCCUGCAGGAAUGGGCCUGGUCUCCGGGGCCUUGGCACCUUUGGUAGUCGGAGUGUCAUCAACUUUGGAUCUUGUGCACCCCGGAUAGCAACUGCAGGCCCUCAUUCCACCCGCUUUGGAGUCGGCUUUGGUGACAGGAAUGGUGUUGGUCUGGGGUUUAGGGCCUGCAGUGGUGUUGGUCUGGGUUUUGGAUUUGGCGGUGGCCUUGGCUAUGGUUUCAGCGGCCCUGGCUUUGGCUACAGAGUCGGAGGAAUUGGAGGCCCAGUAGCCCCAUCUAUCACAGCUGUGACUGUUAACCAGAGUCUGCUGACACCCCUCAACCUGGAGAUUGACCCCAAUGCCCAGAGGGUGAAGAAGGAUGAGAAGGAGCAGAUCAAGACCCUCAACAACAAGUUCGCCUCCUUCAUCGACAAGGUACGGUUCCUGGAGCAACAGAACAAGCUCCUAGAAACCAAGUGGAGCUUCCUCCAAGAGCAGAAAUGCGCCAGGAGCAACCUAGAACCUCUCUUCGAGAACUACAUCUCCAACCUGCGGAGGCAGCUGGAGACACUGGUUAAUGACCAGGCCCGGCUGCAGGCUGAGAGGAACCACAUGCAGGAUGUCCUCGAGGGUUUCAAGAAGAAGUAUGAAGAGGAGGUGGGAUUCCGAGCCAAUGCUGAGAACGAGUUCGUGGCUCUGAAGAAGGAUGUGGACACAGCUUUCUUGAAUAAAUCUGAUCUAGAAGCCAACGUGGACACCCUAACUCAAGAAAUUGACUUCCUUAAAACCCUGUACAUGGAGGAAAUCCAGUUGCUGCAGUCUCACAUCUCAGAGACAUCAGUCAUCGUGAAGAUGGACAACAGCCGCGACCUGAACCUCGAUGGGAUCAUCGCCGAAGUCAAGGCCCAAUAUGAGGAGGUGGCCAGGCGCAGCCGCGCUGAUGCCGAGGCCUGGUACCAGACUAAGUACGAGGAGAUGCGUGUGACAGCUGGCCAACACUGUGACAACCUACGCCACACCAGGGACGAGAUCAAUGAACUGAGCCGGCUGAUCCAGAGGUUGAAAGCAGAGAUUGAGCAUGCCAAGGCUCAGCGUGUCAAGCUGGAGGAAGCGGUGGCUGAGGCGGAGCAGCAGGGCGAGGCGGCCCUCAAUGAUGCCAAAUGCAAGCUGGCAGAUCUGGAGGGCGCCCUGCAGCAGGCCAAGCAGGACAUGGCGCGGCAGCUGCGCGAGUACCAGGAGCUCAUGAACGCCAAGCUGGGCCUGGACAUCGAGAUCGCCACCUACAGGAGGCUGCUGGAGGGCGAGGAGAUCCGCAUCUGUGAAGGUGUUGGCCCAGUGAACAUAUCUGUGAGCAGCACCCGGGGUGGCGUGGUGUGCGGACCUGAGCCCUUGGUCGCCGGCUCCACCCUCUCCCGCAGCGGGGUCGCCUUCUCUGGCAGCAGCAGCAUCCACACCGCGGGAGGAGUCCUGACUUCCUGCAGCUCCAGCCUGGGCGGGGCUCGGGGCAGCCUGACAGGCGGGGACCUGCUGAGUGCCGGCACCAGGGGCGGCUCCGUGCUGGUGGGUGAGACCUGCGCCCCCAGCGUCCCCUGCCCUCUGCCCACUGAGGGUGGCUUCAGCAGCUGCAGUGGUGGCCGCAGUAACCGCAGCUCCAGUGUGCGCUUCUCGUCCACUACCACCUCUCGCAGGACCGUGUACUAAGCCGAGCCCCAGACCACGGCCACUGCCCGGAGAACCAACUCGACAUCCCCUGCUUCUCCAGCCACCUCUCCUGCCCAGUCACCACCCUGAGCUGUCCCCUGGGGCAGCUGAGCCUUGUCAGGCCCCUCCUGAAGGGUUUUUUCGCUGUGUAGACACCCUAUCCACAGCUACAGCCAGACUGGCUUCUCUCUGAUUUCCAAUUUCCUUCCUCGGGUUCACGCCUCACUCUCCAUUUCCCAGGGAAAUGCAGAUCCAGCACAAUUCCAGAAACAGUGCCCCUGGGGAGAAAAGGACCUUCAAAGUCAAAAGUCGGUGUUUGGGCCCCAGAGCCACCUGCGGCUUUGGUAGAGCUGGAGUACAGUGUGGACUGCACAGGGCGCGAGUCCCAACUCUUGCUUCCUGCCUCUUGCCUUCCCUGCCUGGGGACACUUCUCUCCUUCUCUUCCUGGCCCAGAAAGACCCACAGUCUUUGGCGGCCCAGGGACCCAUAAGGCACCCAGAGUGGUUCUUCCUCCUGUGGUUUAUGUCCUGGUGUUUCUCUUCCUGGGCUGUUGGGAGUCCAUGAGCUGGGUGGCUGCGGGUGGAGAGGUGGGCUCGGCAGCACUCGGGGCGUCCUGCCCUGUGUGGGGUGAGGCCCCGCACUGGCCGCCACAGGGCUUGUGUCUGUGAGCUCCAGGGAGACGUGGGGGUGGGGCGCUGCCUGUUCGUGCUGCUCUUUGUGUU